AGGUGGACUUCAUUCCUCCAGAGCAGGCACACACUACAUUUUUUCCACUUUUGUGAGAGGUUUAAGAGUUGAGCAAAUGACAAUCCUUUCGGAAGCCUCUCUCCUUGUGCUAAUGAGUGUCUCCAUCCUGACUGGCCCUGGUGUCAAAGCCGGAAGGAUUCUGGUCUUCCCAGUGGAUGGCAGCCACUGGGUCAACAUGAACCUGCUGAUUCAGAACCUUCACACCAAAGGCCACGAGGUCACCGUUGUCCACACCACCACCAGCUGGUAUAUCAAAGAAAAUGCACCGCAUUACCGUUCCAUCACCGUCACUCUGCCACAAGCUAUUCCCAUAGAGCAGGAGGACUUCUUUGUAACCUUCUUGGUUAAGAUGAUGGAGAUCCAGAAGGAGGGAGGAUCUAUUAUUGGCUUUAUGAAGUUCUAUUGGGAGAUGCUCAGUGCGCUGUCGAACAUUCACUAUCAGGCCAGCCUUUUGGGGGCUGAAAUAUUUGAGAACAAGACUCUGUUGCAGAGUAUUCGGGACUCUCAGUUUGACAUGGUUCUUCUGGAUCCUGGGCUACCUGUCGGUGUUCUCGUUGCUCACAAACUAAAGCUGCCAACAGUUUUUAAUGUGAGAUGGAUCACCAGUGGAGAGGGUCAUUUUGUGGUGGCACCAUCUCCAACCUCAUAUGUUCCAAUUUCGGGAUUGGCAGUUACUGACAAGAUGAUGUUUUGGGAAAGAGUCAAAAACACAUUAUUUUAUGCCUUGAACACAUGCAUAGACAAGUUGAUUGUGUGUCCUCACUACGAUAGACUGGUGGAACGUUAUCUUGGUGGAGAUGUCAACUUUUACCAUCUUCUUCAGGGAGCAGACAUCUGGCUCAUGAGGGUGGACUUUGUUUUUGAAUUCCCACGGCCAACCAUGCCAAACAUUGCUUACAUUGGUGGGUUUCAGUGUAAGCCCUCUAAGCCUCUAACAUCAGAGCUGGAGGAGUUUGUUCAGAGUUCAGGAGAGCAUGGCUUCAUCCUGAUGUCUCUGGGAACACUGGUGAAAGGUCUGCCCACAGAAAUUACCUCAGAAAUAGCCGCUGCUUUUGCCCAACUUCCCCAAAAGGUCCUUUGGAGGCAUGCUGGUGACCAUCCCAGCAAUUUGGGGAACAAUACUCUUCUAGUGAAAUGGAUGCCUCAAAAUGACCUGUUGGGUCACCCAAAGAUUAAAGCCUUUGUGGCUCACGGUGGCACAAACGGAAUCUACGAGUCCAUCUACCACGGAGUACCUGUUGUAGGUAUCCCUCUUCUGUUUGAUCAGUUCGAAAACGUUUUAAGAUUGGAAGCACGAGGAGCUGCGAAGGUCGUGGAUGCAUCAAAGCUCACAAGCCAGAAUUUUUUGCAGGCAGUACAAGAGGUUCUUUACAAUCCCUCCUACAGGAACAACAUGAAGCGGCUGUCUGCCCUCCAUCGAGAUAAGCCAGUGCAUCCUCUGGACACUGCUGUUUAUUGGAUUGAGUUUGUUAUGCGGCACAAAGGAGCGGCACAUUUACGUACAGAGUCUUACAAGAUGCCCUGGUAUGCUUAUUAUUCAGUAGAUGUUUUCUGCUUUUUAUUGUCAAUCCUAUUAUUGCCGACAGCCGUGGUAGUUGGAGCCGUAAGGUUCCUUUUCCUUCGACUGUGCAGGAAGAGUAAAACAAAGCAGGAGUGACUCCUCACACAUGCAAUCAAAACGUGAAUGUAAUUUGUUUAGCUCACACUGUUGCAUCAUUUUAAUGCCAAUUUACUGCUUAUUAAAAUAGAUAAUCUUACCUCUGACAGGCCAGUGAUGUAUUUGACAAUUUUAACUAAAAUGAGUCCAGUCUGCAUGACACUUUAUUGGGUUUCUACAUAAAAAAAUGUUUUUAAUUGCUAAAAACAAACAAACAUGCAAAUUACAUAACCUCUUCUUGACAGGUAUCUUCAUGCAAGGAAUUCAUAUACUUUUUAUUUGUUUGUUUAAAAAAUACUCAAAAUGUUAUGUAUGUGGAAAGCACACUGGGCUGGGCUGACAUGAACCAGCUCAGUAGAAAUGUGUUGCUCAGACUACUUUUUUUGUAUUUUCAUCCAAUCCUAUGAGAAGUCCAAGUUCAAGAUGAACUGAUUGCUUCUCAGAGCUUCAUUCAUUACUAAAGACACUCACCUCAGACGGAGUCACACUGUUGUACUGUUUACAUAAAGCUCCUUUUCUUAAAUGUCAUUAAUCAUAAUUUUAUUUUGACCUAAUACUGCUCUUUUCCACUACUGCUAUGUUCCACAAGUGAACACUUUGUAUGGAUCUACAACUGGAAAUAGCACACUUACAAAGAUAAAUGCACAUUUCCCUUCUUUUGAGUUGCAUUUGCAUGAAACGACAUCCAGCCACAUGGUAUUGAAAUGCAGAGUAACAUUUGCACCAUCCUUUAAUGUAUGCACCUCAGAUGAUUUUAAUGGAAAUCAUUAGGAUUCAUAUUAAACAUGUGACUAGAGUUUAAUUAAUUAUUAAAGCUUACUUUUGGUUUACAAAUUUGUAACACUUUAUAACUUGAUUGGUUGUCGUGUAGCCUUCAAAAUUAAACAACAAAAAUAAUCAUAUAAAAUAAUCAACCUUUUCACAAAGCUUUGUGAUUUUAUAACGACACUGUUCUGACGUCUGAUUAUUUAAAUUCCUACGAUGUAAUUAAAUUCACUAGCAUUCAUUCAUGUGCUAGUACUUUUUUAAAAGUUUAAGAUAUGAUGUAACAUGAAGAGAUUCGGUACAUAUUAUAAGAGUUAUUUACUUUUUUACCAGUGGUUUCUAGAGCACCUGAAUAAUAUUUUUGCUGUUGAGAAUUAAAAUGAAAAAGGUAAUGAUAAUAAUAAUAAUAAAAAAGAAAGAGCAGUCAAUUUGCCAAAAAACUUGUUUUUUUUUGGCGACUGGUCCUUGAUAUAACUGAGUGUAAAAUGAACAUUUUAGAAAAACUUUCUCUCAGAACCAAAGACGGGUAACAGGUUCUUUAGUUUGCCAAAACCGUAUUCACAAACUGUAAACAAUUUCAGAAUAAUGUUACUCAACCUAAAGUAUACAUUGACUAUCUCAUCAUCUUCAGCAGUGUUUCUCCUCCCUGGUCCUUGGGGCCCACUGUCCUGCAGGUUUCUUUUUUCUUUUUUCUUUUUUCCUUGUCUGCAUAUAUAUUAAUGGUCAAUACAAAGUUUGGUAAAAACCUAAAGCAUAUAUAUGCAUUUUAAUCUCCAAACAAGGUUUUUUUUGUGUAUGUUUGCAUGUGCGUGAGUGUGUCUCCUUUACCAGCCCCCUUGGCAGUCUAUUAUAUAUCAUUAGUCGCUCACGAAAAGGAAUGAGAAAGAAGAGAAACAAAAAAAGAAAAAAAGGAGAAAGAAAAACAUUCUGCCGAAGACAAAAGUGGAGCGAGACAGUGAGGGGUGCAGUUUGGAGAGUGUGUAAUGUGUUGUAGUGUGUGUGAAUAAAUAUAUAAUGCGUUGUGCUCGCUAAGACAGCCAGGUAUUUAUAAUCAGAAAAGGACAGAUACAAAAAAGAGGGGGGUGUGCAAUGUGUUGAGGAUGCAUGUAGUCCUGUGAGAAUAAAUAAAUGUCAGGGGGAGGGCAGUGUUGAUAUAUUUAAAUGACAUAUUUAAGCGAGCUGU